GCCGGAUGUUGUCCUUGGACAACGAUCUUUCACGAUUUCUAUUCCUGAUUAUUGUCGUUCUUAGUGUAAAAUACGCAAAAUUGUACAUAUAAGAUAGAUUCAUCAUCUUUGAAGAAUACCACAUGUAUGAGCCCGGGAGAAUUACCAUAGUGCCCAUAUUUAUAAUACGGUGCAUAGAGCCAGAUCAGAGCUGAUGUUUUAUAUGCUACAGAUAAAAUGAUGGAUUAACAGGAAAGGCUAGCAGUCUACAGACAUCGUAGGCUAUUGCGAGUCAGUGACGCUAUACCAUAUAUUGAUCUAGAGAAAUCAAGAAGCAAUCAGAAUCUUUGCUUCGAUUCAAGUCAGCUAUAUGUCAGAGGAAGUGUUUUUAAGGAGCUGAAGAUGUUCAAUACAUAUGGUGUUAGACAAACAAGCCCUGGAUGGACCUAUGAUACCUUAUUACAUUAGUGCAGUCAUGAUGUGCAUGCUGUGGUACCAAUGUGUAUAGGAAUGGAUCAACCUUGGUAUCGAUUAUCUCAUUGACUGAGAGCAAGGUCCACCCAAUGGCAACCCCUCAGAAUGGUGCUGUCAGGGUGGAGAAACGGGGGUCUCGCUCAUCUAGCUGUUUGGGAGACUCAGAUCACAUGAUAUGCGACAGUAUAGUCACAUGUAAGAGCACAGAAAACAUAGAGGAUAGAAGAGGCAGUCGAGGCUCAUUGAUUAAUAAACCACCCCCAGAGGCAAAUGUCGAAGUGAAAUUAAAAAAGGAGGAAGUUCGAUUGGAUUUUUCUAAUCUCAAUGAACUUCCAACCCCUGUAAAAGAUAGUAAAUCUAAAGUGCAAUAUGACCCCACUAACCAAAGUGCAUCGAUAAAGAAACUGGAGCACCCGGCUGAUAAAAGCCUAAUGCUUUCAUUCCUAGUUAGUAUUGUAUUCCUCCUAGUUGCUCUUGUAUUAUUUGGACCAGCUUUUGCAAUAUUCUUGACACUCGUACCUCUAGGGGCUUUAAUCAAAUCAACCUGCAGCUGUUGCUGUGUUCCCCAGAGACAACAGGGCUGUUGCCCCACUUUACUUACCCAUAAUGAAACAUAUUGGCUUCAUGAUUCGCAUUUUAAUAAAAUGGUUGUACAGUGUCUGAUAACAUUAGAUUAUGGCUUGACUCCACACAGGAUACAGGACAUGAUAAAUGCACGACUUGUUUGUGCCGAAAACCGCUCAGGACAAAGAUUGUACCCAAGAUUUAGCCAAAAAGUUGUCGAGCUAAACUGCCGAUACGCUUGGCUAAAUGAUGAGAAUUUUAACAUUGAGAAUCAUAUAGUGGUCAUGCCAAAGAGCAUAAAUAGCCAGAGGGCACUGGAGUCUUAUACUGCUGAGCUGGCCAAUCAGACGCUACCUAGAGAUCGCCCGUUAUGGAAUAUACAUAUCCUACCAAGAUAUCUUGAGGAUACAUGCGUCGUGCUUUUCAGAGUUCAUCCAUGUCUCACUGAUGGAAUCUCAUUAGUUAGAACAUUCUUUAAGUCUGUUGUGGACAACCACACAGGAUGUAAUCUCAAACCACGCUUUAGUCAAAGUGCCUAUGUAUUUAAUGUCAUACGUGCAAUUGUGGUUGGACCAUUAGUAUUCAUACAAAAAUGGCUUUUAACGCGUAAAGAUUAUAAUAUACUUCAUGGACCCCCAUUAUCAGGUAAAAAGGUAGUCGCAUGGUCAGAACCAUAUAGCCUUGCGAAAGCUACCCGUAUUAAACAAGUAACUCGUAGCACUCUUAAUGACGUAUUGAUGUCCGUGGCUGCUGGAAAUCUGCGGACAUAUUUUCAAACCGUUGGUGUUAUAAACCCCUACGAUAUGCUUGCAACGUUCCCCAUUGAUAUCAGGUCAGAGACUAUACACAUUAAAAUGGGUAGCAAAUAUGCUAUGGGGGACAUUGCAGUUCCCACAAACACUGAAGGUGCGAUCCCGCGCCUAUGGGAGCUCAAACACCGAAUGGAUGAGAUUAAAAACUCAUGUGAUCCCAUAGUCAUGCAUGGUGCCAUGUCAGUGCUUAUGUCCCUAUUGCCCGAAUGGAUAUGCCAAAAAAUCUGGCGGACUAUAUUAAACAAGAGUACAUGCCUAGUAACAAACCUCCAGGGUCCAGAUAGCAUCUUGACAUUUGCAUCUCGGGAAAUUAAGAGUAUUAUCUAUUGGAUGCCCCCCAGGGAUGAAGUGGCAGUCUCCAUCUCUAUGUUCACUUAUGGGGAUGAGGUUAGAAUGGCUGUGAUAGCAGAUAAGGCAAUCAUGCCAGAUCCUGAGAUCAUAACUAAAGACUUUAAUGUAGAGCUUGACAAACUGGCGAUGUUAUUAGCUAAUCGCCGUAUUCCUGGGGAACAUAUGAGUCGUCGGAUUGAGAUGUCUAAUGAGGAUGCUGACAAUCUAAAUGAUCCAUCAAUGGAAGAGAUUCAGGGUAAAAUUGCCGAAGUCCAGUGCCAACUUCAGGAUUUGAAAGCGAGGCUUGAUCAGGAGGUCGCAUCUAAAUACAGUGAGGAAGAGGAGCUAUUGGUCAACAAAGUUGAGAGUCUAAAAGGGGAAUUUCGAGAACUUAUCUCUGAAUUGCGACGUAAGAAAUCUGGAGAUGGUCCCCUAAUGUCUGAUGAGGAUGAUGAGUGUGACGGAGAGUUGCGUCGUACAUCUUUCCGUAAGCGGUCUAUGUCUAGUGCAUCACGCCGUUCUACAUCCUCAAUCACUGCCACUCGAGUCCAAACCCACCAACACUCCCCACCCCCCUCACGAACCAACACCCCCUCCUCACCCACAGCAAAGAUGUUGGGAAAAGAGCGCCGUAUAAGUCAGCUGAGUCGGGCUAGCCAGGGGUGUGGCUCCAUGCCGAGUCAGGGAGGGGCAUCAUCAUCAAGUCAUGGGGGAUCAAGCACCCCCACAGAUGAUAACCAGAAACAGUUGAUAACCCACGAGCAGAUUCUUGUUCAAGAGAAUAACGAGAGACAAUUUUCACCAAGAGUUGAUCACUGAUGUUAAAUACACCUACAUGUACUGUUAACGUUUGUAAAGUCCACAUGUAGUUGUUACUUUUUUGAAAAGCCAGUUCCUUAAAAUACAUCUAGCAAAUAAUUCCGAUUAUUGCAUUAAGUCAUGUGCUUUAUUGUGCACAAUUAUAACCAAAUGUUGAGGGAAAGAGAAAAAGUGAAAAAACUUAUCUCUGUUCUUCAAAAAAGCCAAACAUAGAAUAUAUAAUUACUCUAGCCUUGUCAGUGUUUAUUUCUGAAAUAUAUUUCUGAAAGAUAUAUUGAAGGAAUUACUGAAUAUUUUUAAU